AAUACAAGUCGAUUAUUAUUUCUUUGCAUUAUUGUGUUCAGUUUUACAUAAAAGGGUGAACGCCGAUAAAAAAUGGUGACAAUAAUUGGACUUGUUUGUUUGUCUUUUUGUUUGUGAAGUACUUCUGUUUUAAGAAAUAAAAAGUAGUGUGGUAAAAAGCUGUUUUAUUUUGUUUAAGUGAAUAACACAAGAAAGGCAGAGACUUAAGUAAGAGGAAGAAGACAGAAGGUGUAGAGUAAACUGGAGACAAGAAGACAGCCAAAAUAAACUUUAGAUACAGCUUACUUAUCCACCACAAAAGUCCUAUGAUGCUAUCUAUGUGUCUAGAUUCCCUUACCAUGCUUUGCGCCAUUUUUAAUAAUCAAAAACUCUACUUUUAAUAUGAAAACAAUAUACUUAAUGCAAUUUGGUAAAUUCAGACUAUUUAAGAAAAUGCAAAAUAUGAUAAUGUAUCUAGGUUUGAUUAUCGAUAAUGUCUAGUUACUGUUAGUAGUCAAUGAGAUGGGAGUUUAACACAUUAUCACUUGAAAAAACUCGAUCCGAAAAACUUGCUGGAUACGAAAUUGCACUCAAGGGAACAUGGCAUUUAUACUUUGGAUAAAUGAAUGGUUUGCACAUAAAUAGUUACGUAAGCCGAACGAGCUUGGUUUGGUCUAAAGCGCCACACGUUAAAACCCUAGUUGAAGAAACGUGGGGAAAUUCCAUUAGGACUGGAACUGAAGCACGUGAGGGUCACAUUAAGACAAAGGUUACCACAGUUUUAGUCAAACCCUAAAGUCUGAAUCCAAAAAUAUAGAUUUUACCUCUUUUUUUAAAAGAUAUUGUUUUCUGUUUUUGGGGUUUUUGAUCAGUCGAACAUUUACAGCUCAGACUCACAUGGCUCAUUUGGUGCUACAGUACUCUGUCUCCUUGAUUGAUUCAUCUGUUUGUCUGUAACUAAGUAUUAUUGAGUAAUUACAUAUUAACAUGUAUGAAUCUGUUCAUUAAUUUGAGAGAAAUAUAAUUAUAUUUGUUUUGUUUUGAAUGUUUUGUUAAAGUAUUAAUGGUAGUAUCAAUAUAUCCUACCAAGAAUAUUUUUUUGUUAUAAUUCUUAAAUGUAGCUCAUCUUUGUUGAUUUAUUAGUAAUUUUCAAUUUUACAUUUAUGUACAUGACUAAAUGAAUUGAAAAACAUAUAUAUGAGAGAAAAAUAGACUAUAGACAUAUGUUCACACUCGACUUUAGAGUGCAUAAUAUUUACAAGUUUGUGUAGCUGCAGAUAGUUAAAGCGAAACUUAUCUUAUGAAUAAGAAAAUGCAAACAUUUCUUUAUAUAAAACAAGCAAAUGGCUUAACACUUGCGGAUUAGCGAUUGAUAAAAAUACUAAUAGUAUUUCUAAGAUAAUAAUUAUGAGAAACCGAUGCGGACAAGAUGGACGUUUGUCGGUUAACAAGUGCCAUUCAUUUAGAUCGAACAAAGCGUAAGAGACAACAGAAAUUCAUGCAAAUUAAAUUACUAAACUGAUAUAUGCAAUGCAUCUAUAGAUCUAUAUCUAUACAAAAUUGAAGGAAGAAUUCUCGGCAAAAAUAAUUGUUGAAUUUUUUUGGUUACGAUCUUAGAUUUCACAAUUUAAUCUGCAUUGAAUUCAGAUCUAUUUUUUUAAAUAAAACUUUUGAUGAUACCCAUGUCAUGAGUUUUUAUAAUUAUUUUUUUUUCUUCUUAUCUGAGUUUUUUGCUUCACAAAUAUAAUAUAUUUUCUGAUAUAGGAUAAAUAGUUAUAUGUUGUAGUUCCAAUUUGAAUGAUUCAUUAGUAUUAUUAGCAAAAGAGGAUAAAAUAGUCAAAAUGAAGAAUAUAUAUAUCACAAAAUUUUAAAAUAUAUAACUGAAUUUAUAUUGAAAAAUAUUUAACAAUUUAUAUUGAUGUAGUAAUAUAACCUUUUCUUACAAAAUAGAUAUGUUUGGCUAAAGAACUACUACCACCAUACUUGGAUUAAAGAAAAUGUAGAUACUUGAUUCAAGUUUAUAAUGAGUUUAGUGUGCUGAAGUCUGCAGACCAUUAUUGAUAGUUACGUAAACAACAUCAUUUUUAGUUUCAAAUUUUUAAAUAAAUGUAAAAACACAUAGUCAGAUGAAAAAUAUAGUACUACUGAAUUUUGGUAGGUCAUUUUGUUUUUGUUUUUAAAAUGAAUAUAAACAAAAUUAGAGUGUUUGGGCACCCAUAUCAAAUGGUUUUUCAUGGGUGUCUCACACUCAAAAUAUUAUUAAGAAAUAAAAAUUUAAAAAGAGGGUAUAAUUAUAGAAAAAUGAGAAGAACUUUCAACAUAAUUUGAGAACCUCAUUCAGCAAUGGGUCAUUUCAUAAAGUGAGUCUCUAACCAUUAUUGUAAUAGUAUUUCAUUUAAUUUAAUUUUGUAUUAAUUUUUAAUGUGGUUUAUAAAUUAAAGAAGAACACAUGGUACAAUAAUCUCUCAUGAAUUGUUGAGAGUGCCUUCCCAAAGAAACGAUUCUCAUCUUUUCUACUUUUUCUCUCUUUUUUUGCAAUAUUUAAUUAUUUUGUUUUUGCUCAGAAACCAAAAAAAGAAAUGCUGACUACUCAUGCUCUGCUAAUUAGUAUCCUUUUCAUAUUGGUAUAAUUAUCCUUAAACACUAAAAUUAAUUUUAUUAAUAAAGUUUUAAAAUAUUGAUAUAUUAAUAUAUAUAUUUUUCACUUUCUGGUUAAUUAUGUUACUAGAACUAUGAGAAAUAUUAAAUAGACGAUUCUAUGCGGUCGACAAUUUUACCACUUAAUGAGAAAACAUGUCUGACAUCGCCACUCCGACCCGCCCUAAGAUCCAUGUUCGAUGAUACGCCUUCUACUAUGCUGAAGAUUUUUCUAACCAUUUUCUCCAUAAUGUUCCAUAAAUUAUAUUUUCUGAGGUUUGAACCUUAGAUCUCAUGCUGUAAAAACAUUAAUCUAUAUUUUUAAAACUAGAGUACAUAUUUGAAUUAUUUGAAAAUAUGAAUGAAAAUAUAAAAUAGAAUUGUUUGAAAACAUUGAUAGUAGUAUAAAAAAAGUAUGAUGUCAUUUUAGUAAUUUCACUAAUAUAAGUACAUUAAUUUUUUUUUCAUAUUUCACUCAGUUUAAAUUUUUUAUUAAUUUUAUUACCUUAACAAUACAUCACAUCAUUAAUUAUAUUAAAAUAAUAAUAAUGGUGCAUAUUUUUAUUUUAGUUUUCAAAUCAAAAAUAUAAUAACUUAGUUUUGCAUAUGGUUAAUUGUUCAGUUUAGUUUGUUUUACUAUUUUUUAGUUUCAAUCGGUGGAAAAAUACUUAGCCAAAAACAUAAUUUAAAGAUAUUUUUUGUGAAUAAAAUAAUUACUUGAAAAAUGUAUUACAUUUAUUGUCACUUGAUUUCUCACUCUAUAUAAUUAUUUACUGAAUAAAAAAACUCUUUCUAUUUCACUUAAUUUAGCCAAACACAUAGAAAUAGUCAUUUUAUUAAUUUAUAAAAUUAGUUAGGCAUGAACAUUGACUAUCAAUUUAGGUAUGAGUUAUUCUUUUCGGAUAUCAUUUUUUUCUUUUGAAAUUAGACUCCACUCGAAUAUUAUAAAUUUAUAUGUGAGUUUUGAGUUAAGUCUUUUUGUGUUUAGAUGAGUUCUAUUUUGAUGUAUAUUAACAUAAAAUAUCUAAAUAACAUAUGUAUGAGAAACGGGUUCAGAUAUUUGUAUCAAAAAUAACUAUAUUAUCUGAUUCGGUCAACGUCUUUUAAAUACAAUUAGUUAUAUUAUGAUAUAUCUAGAAUAUAUGACACUAAUUAUAAAAAACAAAUAUUAAUAUAUAAAAAUGUAAGAACUAAUAUACGCGUGGAUGUGCGGAUCAAUCUCUAUUGAACUUUUAGUUAAAUCACUAGACCAAAGAAAUUUCACUUAAUAUAAAAAGGUUAAGAAGUUGAUUUUGAAAAAUUCUCCACUAAUGCUGUUCUUAUUAUCGAUACCUUAUUUACCCCCUAAAUUUAUACCAUAUUUACGGCGCAUUAAUGCUUCAAUUAAUAUAUAUGUCCAUAAAGUAAGUGUAAAGAUGUCGUAGUUCAUUGACUAUUUGUUAUCCACAAUGAAGAGUCAAAAUUAUAAAAUUAAAUAUCUUUAGUUCAUUGAAUCCGUAUAACUCAGUACUGUAUAAAAACUAGGUUUAAAAGUUUAAUAUUAGGUUACAAAAAUAAAGGAGAAAUCCACAUGGAUGCCCACCACGUCUCAUAUCUAUAAAAUGCAAAACAUGUGGAUGCAUGAAGAUCCCAUAGACUGCACAUUAAAAGAAACACAUACUUACCAGAAAGUCAGAGAGAGAUGGCUAAUACUGUAGAACAAGACGCAAUGUAUCCAUCCUUUGUAGACGCAAGAAUUUCAUUCUCCAAUGAUUUUGCAGACAGUGAUCAUCUGACGCUUCAUCAGACAAUUUCAUCAAGAAAGGAUCAGAUGAAGUACAAGGAAGCUCCUGUUUCGUCUGAUUUCAAAUUCAAUGUCGAAAACUACGGUUUUAUUUCUGCGGCUGAUGAGAUCUUCUUUGGUGGAGUUUUGUUGCCAUUGGAGAAGACUCAUCAGCGAAAAGUGACCACACUUAGAGAAGAGCUAAGCGUUCAAGAUUCAGACCGUACGAACUCAAAGGGAUCUCGUAAUUGGUGGAAACUAGGUCUAAGUAAGCCCAAGAAAAUUCACUCCAAGAACAACAACAACUUCCACCUUCCCCACAAAUCUCAGAAUUGUCUUGCGAGUAUAUUGGAAUCUGAUGACUGAACGAUGGGCUCCUAAAACAUUUAGCUAAUUACGACGAACUAGACUUCUAAUGCUAAUGACAAAAUAAUUUAUUUCCGAUUUUUUAUUGUUCUUGUUUUUCAUUGAGUUCUCGACUUAUCUCCUAUUAUAAUGUAGUUUCCCCGUUAUUCUGACCUGUGAUCGUAUCUUCAUUAUAAAUAAGCAAUUCGUAUGCAAUUGGUUUAGUA